AACGGGCCGGACCCUGUGUUAGUGAUUAUUAGAUGUGUAGGACGCAAACGUAUCACAACUAUUAUUAUUUUUUGAAUUUUAUUUUGUAUUUCAUUUAUUUUCGUUCAGUAAAACAUUAAAUGGCUAAGAAAAUGGUGUGAACAUUACCUAAUUAAGCAAGAUAGUUAGAUAGACUGAUAGAGGAUAAAAACUAUAAUGGAUUAGUUUACAAUUUCUUAAAAUUUUCGAUUUUGUGAUUUUGUCCACCAUAAUUCCUUUUCCAUUUUUAAUAAUAAUCCUUAAGCGGUGCACUGGCACAGCAGGCAGCACCGCCCACCUGCUCCAUCCGUCGUCUCGUCCGUCUCGACAAAAAUAGUUUUUGGUGGAUCCAAUUUUUCGAUUUCCCUCUCUUUCUCAAAUCCUUGGAGGGAAAAAAGGGAAUCAAAUAAACGCUUCAAUCAAAAUAUUCAAGUUCAAAAAAUUUCACAGCCCACUCUCUCUCUCUCUCUCUCUCUCCUGACUGGUAGUAGCAAAAAUCUAGGGUUUAGCUGAGCACGCGAGUUCACCGUUCUCUGUUUUCGAGUUUGGAGUCCGGGCGCCGGACGGAGGAUGCUUUGAGGUUCGGAAUUUGCUCGGCAAGCUGCUUGAACUUACUUCGAUCUGAUUUUUCGCAAGGUAAAAGAACAAGGGUUCGCCUUUUCUUCCAGCUUUCUGUUCGCAAGUAGCACUAUAUAGCUGUUUCAUUUCUUGGCCCUUCAAUCUCAUAAAUGCUCGUCAUUUUGGCGCUUUCGCCUGUGUUUGAGAAUCGGAGUGCUUCAUUUUGGUACGAGCUUGUGGUGUCCUUUUACCUCGGUGUUGUUGAGCUCGUUUUUCUGGUUUCUGCUUCGUAGCUCAGUUGUGAUUUGAAGGGAGUUGAUUCUGUUGAGUAAUUUGGUGAAUACUUGAUUGGUUUACUAGGUAAGAUUAGGUUUUGGGGAAUGAAGUUGAUUACAGAAUAAUAAUGACGAAACAUUUUGUUUAUUAUGUAGGAUUUGAAGAAACCCUUGAGUGGAAAUUGCUGGCCGUUGUUUUUUUCUUUCUGUGUGUAGUAAGAAUUUUAUGAGAUAGUCUCCACAUAUUAUAUUACAUGCAUUGGAUGCUUUAAUUUGUUUUCUGCUGUCAUUGAAUGCAUUUGCAGUUUGAUUUUGAGUGCAGGUAUUGAGCAUUGAUCACUGUUAGCUGGUGAAUACGAAACUUGUGAAGGAUUUUUAGUGUUCUUUUUCCUGUGACAAUGCAAACCAAGAAGAGACUUUCCGGGAGGAGUAGUUGUAGAGAGAAUGGAAGCACUAGGGUGUCCAGAACCCAGAGGAAAGGAUCGGAGAACACGCAUGUUGGUCAAAAGAAAGCUACAGAUCUAAUAACAUCUUCGGCAAGAAAGCCGAAAUGUGGCACAUCUGCAAAGAAACUUGUAGAGCCUGUGGGAGGAACAGAUUUGGACACCAGAUAUGGCCUUGCCAAUGACAAAGCAUCCAGUGUUCCUUCUGAUUGUGAUGUGGUGAAUAAUGAGGGUUGCUAUGUUGGAGCUACUGAACAUGCAUCUGAAACUAUAUUUUCUCCUGGUCAUCACAAUGAAGUUGACUUUAUCAAAUCAUUCCGGACUGCCGAGCAGGCUUCUCUACAAGAUAGUGUCACAGGGUAUUCGACCAUUGAUAUAACAACCUUUUCAUCUACUGUUGAGGAUAGCAUAUCAGAUACAGAGGGAGCUGGGCUGUCAUCUGAAGUUUCAGCCAUAUACCUUGCCAUGAGGAAUUCAAAGCUUGAAUGUGUGGACGAGCAUGGACAAGAUCCUAUGUCGACUGAUGUGUGCUUGGAAGAGGAUGAGUAUGAAGAGUUUGAGGAUUUUGACCCGUAUUUCUUCAUUAAGAACUUGCCUGAAUUAUCCUCAGUGGUCCCCACUUUCAGACGUGCUUUGUUGCCCAAGCAGACUCGAAGUUGCCCGCCAACCACUCUCGUCUUGGACCUGGAUGAAACUUUGGUGCACUCCACUCUAGAACCAUGUGACGAUGCUGACUUCACAUUUCCCGUGCACGUUAAUCAAGAGGAUCAUAUGGUUUACGUUCGGUGUCGUCCUCAUCUUAGAGAUUUCAUGGACAGAGUUUCUACUUUGUUUGAGAUAAUCAUAUUUACGGCUAGCCAGAGUAUUUAUGCAGAGCAGCUUCUGAAUGUUCUAGAUCCAAAAAGGAAAGUGUUUCGCCACCGUGUCUACCGGGAAUCUUGUGUUUUUGUGGAGGGGAACUACGUCAAAGAUUUGACAAUCCUUGGCCGUGAUUUGGCUCAUGUUAUCAUAGUUGAUAACUCCCCGCAGGCCUUUGGAUUCCAAGUAGACAAUGGCAUUCCCAUAGAGAGUUGGUUUGACAACCGUGAUGAUCAGGAACUGCUCCUGCUACUUCCAUUUCUCGAAACCUUAGCACGCACCGAAGAUGUUAGGCCUGUGAUAGCCGGGAAAUACAAUCUCCGACAAAAAGUUGCUGCUGCUACUUUCCCUUCUCUAACCUCAUUUGGAGAUCCUCUCGAAAGGUAAAAAAAAAAAACACUCCCAUUCGUGUACUUAAAGCUCUGUUGUAUUUCUAGUGGUGGGAACUGGGAACAAAGGAGAUUUUUUCCAGAUUGUACAAUGGACAACAACCCUUGUAUUAUUUUCCUUUUUGGCUUCUUUCACAUAUUGGACAACGAUUUGUGGUGAAAACUCAACUUUCCGUUUUCGUCAAUAGCUCUCGACGAAAACGAAUGAGGAACAGAGAAAGUGUCUGCUUCCAAUGUGGAAGACCUGUCGUUCGUUUGUAGAUGUAAUGUUUUCAUACAGAGCCUUUUGCAAGAACUAGAAAACAGAUGAUACUAAUAACAAGCUUGCUGUGCAAUAGAGGUUAAUGCAUUGGUGAGUUGAUCAGCUGUGGAUGUUUUGUGCUGCCUUGUGAUUUCCUUUAGCCAGUGUGAUUCUCAGAUUCUAGCAGGUUUCCUACAGCUCUCUUGGAAAGAAGGGGGUUUUGUUUCCUGGGAAAGUAAAUAACAUUUUCACUGUACAUCGUUCGGUUGGGUGUGUAGUUGCGAGCUUUUGUUAUUUGUAGUAUCAUUUUUUUGAUAGAAUUUAAUAUUUUUUAUUCAAAUGCAUACAAUCAUGCAAUUUGGAAUACAGAAGGCUCAAAACCUGAAGGCAUUCGUAAAAUAUAGAAGUGGAUUGAACAAUUUGUUUCACCAGUGUAUUGAAUAAAACUAUACUUAAAGA